AGUGCCGUGCUCUGCCAGCCCGCGCGGGAGGGCAGUGCGGGGCCAGCGUACCUCCCUCCGUCCAUCCCUCCCUCGGCGGGGGCCGCCCCGGCGCGUGUCAGUGCUCCCCGCCCGCCCGCAAAUCCCGGGGCAGGGAGAGCCCUUCAUAAGGCGGCACGGCGGCGGCAGCGCGUCCAGGCCAGCCCGGACCAGCCCAGCUCGCUCCGCUCCCCUCCUGGCCCGGCGCGAUGGAGACGGGAGGGUGCCGCAUGGGCACCGCGGAGCCGGGCGCCCCAGCGAUGAUCACGCUGGAGGACCUGGACGGGAUGGCGGAGGAGAGCGCCGACUCGGCGUACCACAGCAACGGCAGCAGCCCGGACGAGGAGGCGGCAGAGCGCAUGGAGGACGAGGAGCAGGAGCGGCUGCUGAGCUACUGGCAGAGUGUGGGCAGGGGGCACCAGGUGGACGUGCCCCGCGAAAUGGCAGAGCCAAUUCAGCAGCUGACUAGAAAUAACAAUCCGCAGGAGAGACAGACUAUCCCAUUUACUCUGAUCCAGCGCAAAGAAAAGCUUGGAGAUCUGCUUUAUGAAAAACGUCAGUAUGGAAAAGCCAAAUGGGCUUGUAUAAAAAUGAAAGAGAAACAGUACGAACAGAGCAUAUGCCUUGGAUUCAUGAAGCUGAUGAGAUACAUUUGUGAGCAGAACUCUUCAGGACUGUACUUGGGGAUAACAAUACCCAUUGUGACCAUAGUUCAUACAAACGAAUCUCAAUCUGAGAUGAGACAGUCAGUGACAGUAGCAUACUACCUGCCCGAACUGCUGCAGGAUGAGCCACCUCAUCCUUUUGACUCUGACAUAAUCAUUGAAGAAUGGCCUUCUACUAUCGUUUAUAGUAGGAGCUUCAGAGGAAUCACCAAUGAAGACUCUAUAAUGAGAGAAAUAAACCUGUUGGCGGAAAUUCUGGAGAGCCCUGAGUUAUGCUUGCAGGAUACAUUCAUCAUUGCAGGAUACACAAAUCCAGCUGCUGCCAAUCGGCACAAUGAGAUAUGGUUCCUUCAGAGACCAUAGCCUCCCAUUCCUGAUGCUUGUCAGUCACAAGAUUCAACUCCGAUUUACUGGCAGAAUCUUACAGGUGAAUUACAGGAGACUAAAUAUCAAACCCUCAAAGAUUUUACAAUGUGUUUUUUAGCCAGGUUAGCAAGGUAAUCACUCCAACCUGAUAAUUCAACAGAGGUAAACACCCAAAACACACACACUUUCCCAUGUCUGCUUUUACAGUUUUUACACUAUUUUUAUGGAGAUCUGUAGCACUUUAGAAGCUAGUUCA